AUAAAUACACUUUGUGUCGGUCAAAUAAAAUCACCUAGCAUAGUAUAUAAGCACCUCAUUUCAUUACCAGAAUUAGCUUUGCGUGGAUCUCGUAAAGCAUUUUAAUCGAACGAGGAAUCUGUGUUGCUCCUUGUCGCAAAGGAAAUAACAUGUGCUCGUUCAAUUACGCUAUUUCUGCAAAUUAAUUAAGGGAACAAUUAACAUGAUUAAGAAUUUUUUGUAGUGUCAUUGUGAGUGGCUACAAGAAAGACACCGCUAAAUUUAAAUUUAACAAUAGAAUUUAAUUGUGAAAAAGAAUAGUACGUUUGCAAAACAAAAACACUUUUCAUCGACUGCGUACAAUAGUUCAGUUAUAUUUUGUUGCGAGUGUGUGAAAAUUACAACAGCAUCAAACUGGCGGAGAAAAAGAUGCAAAUGGCUUUAUGCCAAUCCUCAGUGCUUAAAGUUUACCAUGCUGUUAUUGAGGAUGUGAUAGCUAAUGUUCGUGAUGCCUUUCUCGAUGAGGGUGUUGACGAGCAAGUGCUACAAGAAAUGAAACAGAUAUGGCGCUCAAAAUUAAUGGCCAGCAAAGCGGUCGAAAUCAAUCCAGAUCCACCAGAAACACAACCACCACUAAUUGUUUCAAACAAUCCAAAGCCUACCAAGGCACAAGCAGCUAAGGCAAAGAAGGCAGCGGCUGCCGCUGCUGCAGCUUCACAACAACAACAACAGCAGCAGCAGCAACAAAUCAAUAAUAACGGUACUGCUCAAAAUUCAACAACAACCGGUGUGGGUGCAAAUAACUCAGCUGAUGUUAAACCAAAUAUAACUAAUUUACAAGCCACAAACGGACCCACAACAACAGCUGGCUCAUCGUCUAAUGUUACAAAUACAACUAUAAUGAAUGGUACAAUUAAACAAGAACCUGUACAACAACAACAGCCACAACAAAUGCAAACGACUCAAAGUCAACCACCACCAUUACAUCCUACCUCAUCUAAUUCGGCUAUGAUAUUACAACAACAAAAGCAACAACAACAGCAGCAACAAGUUGGUGGCACAAAUCAACAGCAACCAGCUGCUGGCAGUAGCAACAAUCAGCAACAAUCUUCUACUAUACCCAUUGUUGCCGCUUUGGAUCCAAAUCGUAUUAUGCCUGUCAAUAUCACAUUGCCUGCUCAACCCGGUACCAUGAAUUCUGAAUCUCGUGUACUGACCAUACAUGUGCCUGCCUCUGCUUUGCAAGAAAAUCAAUUGACACAGAUCUUAACGGCUCAUUUAAUAUCGUCAAUAAUGUCACUGCCCACAACAUUGGCCUCGUCCGUAUUGCAACAACAUGUUAAUGCUGCACUCGUUAAUGCCAACAUGCAAAAAAAUUUCAAUACAUCUAAACAAAUGGAUGGUGCUCUCGAUACGUCCGAUGAAGAUGAAAGCGAGGAGAGUGAUGCUAAUAUUGAUGACGAUGACAAUGAUGACCUGGAUAAGGAUGAUGAAUCCGAUAUUGAAAAUGAGGGUGGUGCUGAAGAGGAGCCUCUCAAUAGUGAAGACGAUGUAACCGAUGAAGAUGCUACUGAUCUAUUUGAUACCGACAAUGUUAUAGUUUGUCAAUACGAUAAGAUUACUCGUUCGCGUAACAAGUGGAAAUUCUAUUUAAAAGAUGGUAUAAUGAAUAUUGGUGGGAAGGAUUAUGUUUUUCAAAAAUCUAAUGGUGAUGCUGAAUGGUAGUUUCUAUAUUUUAUAUACAUAUAACUUUAUUAUUUCUUUCUUAACACAAUAAAUUACUUAAUUUUUCUCUUGUGCUCAUAAUUAAAAAAAAAAAAUUAAAAUUUAUUUGUUGAUAUGGUAAAAAAAAACAAAACAUAAAUAAACAAAUCAAAAUAUUUAGUUGUAAAAUAUGUCUCCUAUUUAUCUUUAAAAUGAAAACUUAAAAAAGACGUGAAAAGCAACUUUUCGGUAGGCAUUUCUGCAAAUUGUUUUUUUUUAUAUAUUUUUUCUUCUUCACAUACACAUA